AUGACUAAUUUUAAUGAUUCAAAAUUAUUAAAUAAGAAAUUAAAUUGUGAAUUAGUUAACAUUAAGAAGAAGAAGAAGAAAAUCUAUCAAUCAAAAACAGAUAGUGGAUGGGGUUGGAUCAUAGUCACAUCGUCAUUCAUCAUUCAGUUAAUAAUUGAUGGAACUUUUGGUGGAUUUGGAGUUUUAUACGUUUCCUUACGAAAUGAUCAAGCAUUCAUCAAUGAAAAUUACUCACAAACAAUAUUAUCAAUGCCGGGAACCAUUCAACCUGGAUUUUUUCUCUGCACUGGUGCUUUUGUCAGUCCACUUAUUCAAAUGUUUGGAUUUCGUAUUAGUGGUUGUUUUGGAGCUUUAUUACUUGGUCUUGGAAUGUCAAUAGCAAGUUAUCUAACUAAUAUGCAUGCUAUAACAAUAUUUUAUGGAAUGAUAUCAGGUUCAGCUUUUGGCAUUCUAAUGGUAUGCGCUAUAGUCUCAGUCAAUUAUUAUUUUGAUCGUUAUCGUGGCUUAGCAUCAGGCUUAGCAAUGUCUGGUGCAGGUGUCGGUACAUUAUUAAUACCAGUUUUCUACAAUUGGAUUAUACCGAUUAAAGGCUGGCGUUCUAGUUUAUUACUGUAUUCAUUGGGUGCAAGCUUAUUAACAGCAUUGGCUUCAUUGACACUUAAGCCAUUUAUAACAAGUGAUAAUCCCGAAUUAACUGAACAAUCCACUGAUAUAGAAAAUCCGGAACACCUUACAUCUGAUCAAAUGUUGGUUAUGAAAACGGUUCCGAAAAUUACUUACGUAAAUGAUGAUGUAACUAAUUUGCCUGAAAAAAAUAACAAUAGAACUGUUUAUAUAACUCCCAUUCAUUCAGACUGUAAACCUAGUGAUUCUGUAUGUGAUUUUAAUGAAGAAGAAAAAAGAGAAAGAAAACUUUCUAUUGGAUUUACAGAUGCUUUACGCCAGUAUUUAUUAAAUCAAAAAGGACCAACAAUUUUGUCGGACACUAACAACGAUGCAGAAGAUGCAGAGUCUAUGAUUGGUUCAAGAUUAUGGAAAUCAAGUCAAGGAUUCAAGAAACAACAGUCAUCAUAUAUUCGUCAUCAUAGUCAGUUAUGUCAGCCUGCUCAGUCUAACCAGCAACAGAAACAAAGUUACAACAAACUCCCAAGACAAACAACACAGAUAACAGUUGCAGCUACAAACGAUUAUAUCCAUUCAAGUUAUAAUUUAUCAUCGACGAGAAAGUCUAGACGAAAUUUUGCCAGUCAAAUAUAUACCCUUCUUGACAAACCAGAUGCAUUUUAUUCAGCGAGUUUAACAAAUUUAAAUCCUAAAAUUACUCAACCUUUUAAUGAACACAAAAAAUCUACAGCUUCUUCAAUAAAUGUAAAGGCACAUUCAAAGUAUCCAAUAGCAUCUAAAUCAUCUUUAAUCAUUUCUUCUGAAACAGUGAAUAAAAAUCAAAUUAUUAAUGAGUUAAUUGGUAGUAAUAUUUCUUCAUUUCAAUCAUUUCCUGUUACACCAUUGAAUCAACAGCAUCAAGAACAAAACCACGAAGAAUUUCAUUCUUUGGAUAAUUCGAUACAUAAAUCAUCUCAUAAUGAUAUAUAUCCUAAAUCCAGUAUUAUUGAAACAAGUAUUCCGGAAGAAAACCUACUGACUACGAAUAAUACAGAAAACAGCAAAGAACCCUACUCACCAAUAUCUAAAGUGAACACAAUUAAACAAAAUCUAGUAUUAUUUGGAUUUGGAAUAAUAAAAUUAUUUGAUUUAAGCUUAUUCACAGAAAUCUCAUUUUUAUACUUAGUAGGUAUUGGUGUUACAAGUCAGUUGGCAUAUUUUAUUCCAUUUGUCUAUUUAAUUGAUUAUACAGUUAGUUAUGGGAUGGAACAAGAUAGUGCUAUUUUAAUCGUUAUGAUAUUAAGUAUAUUCCACACACUUGGUCGAAUAACAUCUGGUAUUAUGUCAAAUGUUUUCCAUUUAGAUUCGGUAUAUUUAAGUGGACUAGCAACUUUUGGUGGUGGACUAGCACAUGUAUUUCUCGUUUUUAUAAUUCCACAUACAUUUACGUGGUAUUCUAUAUAUGCCAGCAUUUAUGGCUUAUGUAGUGGAAUACCUAUCCCACUUAUUCCAAUACUUUUAGUACGUUUCAGUGGACUUGAGCACCUGACAGCGAGUUUUAGUAACUUGAAUUUACUAAAAGGUAUUUUUUCAAUGAUUGGACCUACUGUGGCAAUUACCAUAGUCGAGUAUACUAGUCAAAAAGACCAUUUAUUUCUUGUAGCGGGAGUAUGUUACAUUAUUUCUGCUCUAUUACAUUUGGGAUUAUGUCGAUAUUCAUGUUUUCCAAAAUAUUCUAAAUCUAGUACAAACAAACAAAGAACUAAUGACUACGAUGAUGCAAGUCAUUUUGAAGAUCCAUAUGCUAAAUGUUUUCCAUGUUCUUCUUAA